CAGACAUCUUUGCUUUCUCCUCCCUGCAGCGACGGUUGGAUCAAAACACCGGUAUUGAGUAUACGAGUACAUUUUCCACAUCUCAGGUAAUAGAAAAUAACGCUAUUGGAUUACACUUAGAGGGAUCACACCCUAGCCAACGCUGAGAGCUCCGACCACCAGGGUGCAGGAUUUGAGAACCAGCUCUCGCUUUACGAGUAGCUGGCUGGACAGACUUGUGGGCUUGGCUAGCCGGCUACCGGUAGCUCUUCCACUCAGCUCAACCGAAGAAAUUCACAAAUGCCAACCUUACAGUUCCUGCACAGUUCACUCAGAAUCUGUACUAGGUACUUCACACAUAUUUUGCACCCCUUCAACCAGCCAACCAAGCAAUCGGAAUUCAGCAAAGUUUAACUCAACUCACCUGCCCGGCCUACCGAAAUGCACCAUACGAGCUUGUUCCAUUUGUGACAUACCGUAAUGCCGUCCAUCAGUUCACCUCACCCCCGUUCCUAGCGCUACCCACUAGCACCGAGCAUAUCAAUCCCAAAAACAUCAGAGCCUGAAUAGGUCCUCCUCCUGCAACUGAAGCUGUUUCUGCCUCUGCGCCUUCGUACUUCCUGAUCCCCUGCGCGCAUACCCUAGCUUACCGUACAGCGCCUUCUCGACUGCACCAUCACACAAGCCAGAGGAGCAAAGGGGCGUUCGAGAGCCUAUGACUAUAGGAAACUUGGGAAUCAAUGAGAGUACCAUCAAUCGCUAGAGACACUUCCUGGAAGACUGGCGCGCCUCCGGCCCUCCUUACAUCCCUCGGAACCUCCGCUCUCCAAUGGAUGUCUCUAUGGAUACCUUCUAGCUUCCUCCCUCUCCCCUUCUUUCAUUCCCUUUCCCUCCUAAUUCCCCUUGGUGCGAUCCCCUUCAUCAAUCACCUCCACCGCUUCUCCUGCCGGUCAGAUUGUGCUCGCCGCUCGCUCCAAAAUUUCCCCCCCUCCUCUUCCUAGUUAUCCUCGGGUAUCGAAUAUAAGCUGCUGUCCUCCCCCUUUCUUUCCCCCUAGCUUUAACAUUCAAACAUAAGAUCAGAAGCGCAGGCCCGUCAUUAUCUCUCUACUUUAUAUCAUCUCUGUGUGCUCGGCUCAAUUAUAUCACCCUUCUCACCCUUCUCCGUUCCAAACUUCAACUCAGCACCAAAUUCCCAAACCCCCCUCGUCUCCAGGUCUCAUCAUCAAGCAAUUGGCCUCAGCAUGGGGGUGAAAAUCGAGUGUAUCGUUGCGGGUGAUGGCAAGAACUAUCCCAAAACGGGGGACAAAGUCACAAUGCACUACGUAGGCACACUGGCGGAUGGCACCAGAUUCGACUCCUCACUUGACCGUGGCAUGCCCUUCAAAACCAAAAUCGGUGUUGGCAACGUUAUCAAAGGCGAGCUUACCGCAGCCCUCUACACCUCAAUCCUCUUUUGGCUACUCCAACCACCUCACCUUUGAUAAUUGGCCUAGAGGUCAUGCUUCUAACAUACUCAAUUCGUGUAGGCUGGGAUGAAGCUGUGCCUCAGAUGUCGCUGGGUGAGAGCUGCAAGCUCACGAUCACAGGGUAAACCCCCCGGUCAUCCCUCUGGUUGAUUUUACCCUCCCACUUAUCAUUUCGUCCGAGCUUUUGAGCCCUCUUCUCACCCACCUACGGAUACUUUGAAAGAAGAAAAGAAAGAAAAAGAAAA